UCCGCAUUCGACCGCGGUGGCGGAGCGUUGACUCCCGGGUUUUUACUCGCCGGAAACAAUUCGAACUGUGAAAAUUAUUUUCAAGUGCGUUUAUCAUCGUUUUUGUGCUGAAAAAAACAUUUACCAUUGAUAUGAAAAGUUUGUUAAACUUGGAGUACAGUUAUUGGUGUCAGGAAAAACUUGAGGACUAAUGAUGUUAUCGUGACGAAGAACAAAUAAAUAGGGAAAUUAAACGAGCAUAGGGAAUCCGUAAUGCCCUACGUUUUGACACUCAAGUGACGGAUACAAUAAACGAAGAUUUCCAAACAAAACUUGUAUUAUAAAGAGGGAUACCAAAGAAAAAUGUGUGCCAAAAUGUUCUUGUAUAGUUUCUCCUUAUUAUCACUUGUAAUGUCAUGGAUUGGAGUGUUCGCUGAAGAAGAGGUCUCUUCUCCAUUGCGAGUGGCACAAUGCAGAGCUACUUGCUUACAAAAGUUUGCGGCGCCGAAGCCUGGCGGGGAGUCAUCGUGUUUGCAAGGCCCCGACUGUUUUAUGUGUUGGGAAAACUGUGAACUUCUCCAGUCCAACUACCAAGUAUGGGGAGCCGUGUGUGAAGAAAAAGACAUUUGUUUUCCGGGUUGCAAAAUUGCUUGCGAAUUUCACGCGGAAGCUGCAAGAGCUGGGCAAACACAACCCGUGAUACACACGAAAGGCGAAGGGGUGAUGCGUGUAAGUGGAGCUCUCGCUCGUUGGCCCCCACCAGCGCCGCGAGCAUCAUCUCGACCUGUUCCCCUGGUGUACGUUGUCAUGCGUCGAGCUGCAGACGGACCUUGGCGUCAAAUCAUACAAACGCAAGCACUCGCUACACGGGUACCUUCAAAUAAUGAAGGUGCUCUUCUCAGGGUUCUUGUGGUGGAUCCACAAGGCCUUGUAACGAUCUAUAGUCCAGAUGAAAACUGGGUCGCACACGACGCAAAUACAUCUAACCACGAUGAGCACAAGUGGACUUUAAAAGAGAUAUCCCUCAUUCACCAAAAAGUCUUAGUUAUAGGGGAAAUUGCUUGGGAGCCAAGAAUAGCACGUGGCGUUUAUCUUGUUACAUGGGAAGUUGAUGGUGGGGGGCUUAAAGGUAAUCUUUUCACUGACUCUACUAGAGUUACCCUGUCACUCUGGCCUGAUACAGUGUAUCACAUUCAAGUAGAGUUAGUAUCUCGUACUCCUGGCGUUGAUAAUGAAAGGUCCGAAACUAUGACAAUUGACACGAGCCGAGCUCAGAAGGUUUCAACUGAGAGUGUUCAAGAUGUUCAAGUCAGUGACGGUGACCGUCUUAUGUCUGUGUUGGUUAGUUCAAUGAGAGGUGAACGUGUCACAGACCGGGCGCCUGAUUCAGAGUUGGUACUGGGGUGCCUAUCAGCUAUGAUAGCUUUCGGUCUAGCCGUAUUAGUGGCAGUUGUUUGGAGGCGACGGCGACGAGGUACAUUUCCAGGGACCAAUGUAUAUGUAGGUUCGUCUUCGGUUUUAAAACGAAAGCUUGUUGAAGAUUUUGUACCAGCGACGCAUUGUUUCCAACCAGUCUUGGCACCUGAAGCUCCCUCUAACGAGCAGGUGGCACGCGACGUAGUUGUGUGACGUCACAGCUUUGAUAUGCUGUCCGUGGAAGAUUGUCUCUUCAGUUCCUAAGUUUUCAGACGUUAUUUAAAAUGUUAAAGACAUCAAAGUGAACAGAAGAAAAUUGUGAUAAUAAGAUACUCAAUGAAGUGAAAGUUAGUAAGUGUUUUGUGGAUCGUGCAUUUUUAGUUGUGUUGCUAUUUACUAAGCGGUUUGGAUUAUAAAUUGUAAAUGCUGAUUUCAAAUUCUUCAUGUUAUUUUUGUUUUUAGGUUAGGUGAUUGUAAAAUAAAUUAAUUAUGGAUAGUAAAAAUGUAUUUAUGAAACACAGUAAGAUUAACACCACAAAAAUUAGUGUUGUACAUAAUGUCAAGAAAUAUUAGAAUUAUUAAUAUUAUUUCCGUAACUAUUAACUGAUUUGUAAUGCUUGUAAAUAGUAAGUGGUUAAUUAUUACAAUAAACGUUAUUGGACUUCUUCGAAUAAAAUCAUCGAAAGAGAAGCGAAAUGUUUUUGAGCACUCGGAAAUAAAACGUAUUUUUUUACAAAAAUAUUUAGCCGAUACAUUGAAGUACGAGCAACUCUUAGACGUAUUCGUUUCCAAAUGUUCUUUAAUGAUGUCUGACAGACAACUAGUCCUUGUAACAGUUUAGUUAAUAUAUUAGAUGUUAGCCAUAUUUUAAUAAAGAUACAUAUAGUUUCCAAAAGAUUCUUAAUCGUUGUAGUGAAUUAAUAUGUCUUCUUGAGCAAUAAAUUACAGUGUAACUAAUGUAAAUAUACGAAACAUAUAUUGUAAAAACAAAAAAACAGAGAAAUUAUAUUUUUCUUGAUCUUCGACAGUAAUAUCUCUUAUUGGGCGGGUGGAUAUUACUGAUGUUUAUACAUCAUCUAUAUUAUAAUAUUAAUUUUUGAAGGGGAAAUAUUAAAAUUCUUCAAUAUUUAUUUCGAAAGUAAAACUCGUUUUAAGAACUUAAAUUGUGCCGGCGCGGCAUUCCCCUUUUAAUUACAUUUGUAGAGUAACAACAAUUAAAUUUGUCAAAACGAUAUUAAGCUUUUAACAAUGUACUUAAUUUAAUUUUUUAGAUUUCAUCUAAGUGACAAAAGACCAAAACAAUUUUCUUUUUUUUCUUUUUGGUUUUCAUCAGCCAAAAUCCAAUUAAAUCGUAAGCUAAGUGUUUAAUAUUAAUUUAUUUUUGUGAUUAAUUUCGUACCUUCUUUCCAAUUUGUAAAUAAAUUAUAACUUGCUAUAAAUGGCGAAGCUGAAAUUCAACGAGUAUAAAUAAAUGUCUGCCAAAUUAA